GGCCAACUACAACGCAAAAUGGAGGAAGAGAAUGCUGGCGUCCCUAAUACUGGCAAGAAACACGAUAGUGAAACUGCUGCAGAUUUAGAACGUGUCACUGAUUAUGCUGAAGAACAAGAAAUUAAAUUGGAUAUUGAAAAUGCUUUCCAACUCAUCGGAGAGAAACGUCAACAAGAAUUAAAUAAAAAAGCGCGUAGAGAGCUGGAAUUAGCUAAAGUUAAAGUGAAUAAGGAAGACAUUGAGUUAAUUGCAAAUGAAAUGGAAAUCUCCAAAGCUGUAGCUGAGAAAAAUUUACGAGAAAACGGUGGCGAUGUUGUCAAAGCUUUGUCAGUCCUGGUCAACGGGUAA